UCGCCCCUCGGCGACGGGUCGCAAUGGGGUACAUUAAGCAAAUCACCAUCCAGGGCUUUAAGAGCUACAAGGAUCAGACCAAGAUCGAGCCGUUUUCGCCCAAGACGAACAUAGUCGUCGGUCGCAAUGGCGCUGGCAAGAGUAACUUCUUCGCUGCAGUACGCUUCGUGCUAGGAGACGACUAUGAGAAUUUGGGAAGGGAAGAACGGCAGGCUUUGCUUCACGAAGGAUCUGGGUCUGCCGUCAUGUCCGCCUACGUCGAGGUCGUAUUCGACAACACCGACGGUCGCUUCCAGAACAAUAACAAAUCCGAAUUCGUACUCCGCCGCACCAUUGGAGCAAAGAAGGAUGAAUACUCUAUGGACCGAAAGAGCACGACCAAGCGCGAAGUAUUCGACAUGCUUGAAGCCGCCGGAUUGUCCCGAUCGAAUCCGUUCUAUAUCGUGCCCCAAGGCCGUGUUACCGCCAUCACAAACAUGAAGGAUGAAGAGCGACUGAACUUGCUAAAAGAAAUAUCGGGAUCAAACGUGUACGAAAAGAGGCGAACAGACAGUUUGAAGCUCAUGACCGAAACCGAAAACCGAUGCACGCGCAUCGACGACCUCGUUAGCGACAUCAAUCUACGCCUGAAGGAGCUGGAGGGCGAGAAGAAGGAGCUGGAAGCUUGGAACAAGAGCGAUCGUGAGCGAAGGGCGCUCCUGUAUACGAUGAAUGCACGUCAGGAGGCUGAACUGCAGGAAAAAAUCGAGAACAUCGACGCCUACCGACACAACGGCGUGGCCGAUGUCGAUGGCCACAACAGCCAAUUUCGGCAGACCGAGGAAGAGAUUGCCGAGAUCGAUACCGAGAUUGGUGAUCUAAAAGGCGAACUGGACAUGCUAAUAGCCGAUCGUUCCCAGCUCGAAGGCGAGCGCAACGAUGCCACGCGCCAUAAAGCCGCAAUCGAGCUUCAGCUCAAUGAUCUCUCCGACGAGCAGUCUGCGGUUCAACAAGCUCAGCGUCAGCGCGAUACCCAGAUCAAGAAGCUACAAAAAGAAAUCAGUAACCGUGAGAAGGAGCUUAAGAGCCUGGUUCCACAAUAUACUGAGAAGAGAGCUGAAGAAAUGGAAGUCCGCUCUCAGCUUGCAGAAGCUGCAGGCCAGCAGAAACGCCUGGAGGACAAGCAGGGCCGCACAGCGAUGUAUACGAAUAAACGCCAACGUGACGAUGCGCUGCGCGCGCGCAUUGCCGAGAUAUCCGUGGAUCUAGCCACGCGGAAAUCCAUACAGAUGCAGACCACCGAAGACACGGCAGGUGUUCGUGAAGAGAUAGCGACCCUGGAAACUGAUAUUGAAAGAUUAGAACAGAACCUGGAUAACGAGGGCGACAACAGUAUCAACCUGGCCGAGCAGCUGCAAAAAGCAAAGGACAACCAGGACGCUGUUCGUGACCGACAGAACGAACUCUUUCGACAAGAACGCCGCAUGCACUCAGAAGUCGACACUGCGGAGAGGAAACUACAGAAUGCGGAGCGUGAAUUUUCACAUCUACUCGAUCACGCUACAAGCCGGGGAUUGGAGACAUUACGUCGCCUUCAGAAACACCACAAUCUCAGCGGUGUGCACGGCACUGUAGCCGAACUCCUUGAGGUCAAUGACAUGUACAAGAUUGCUGCAGAGGUCGCCGCCGGACCUUCUCUAUUCCACGUAAUAGUAGACAACGACAAUACGGCUGAAAAAGUAAUCAACCUACUUAACAAAGAGAAAGGUGGCCGUCUCACCUGUAUCCCGCUCAAUCGUGCCAAAGCAAGACAGGGCAAUGUUCCACACACAGCCGACGCCCAGCCUUUGCUUCCCAAACUGAAGUUCGCGGCACAAUAUACCAAAGCCUUUAGUCAAGUCUUUGGCAAUGUCGUUGUCUGCCCGGAGUUGAGCAUAUGCCAGAGUUUCGUGCGGUCGCAUGACGUGAUAGCUCUGACACCUGACGGAGAUCGUGCUCAGAAGAAGGGAGGCUAUCACGGCGGUUACUUUGACCCCAGGAAUUCAAAGCUGGACGCAUACCACCGGGUCUUCGAAUUACGAAGUCACGUUGAGGAGCUGCGAGAGAAGCAGGACGGGGUCAAACACGACAUGGACGCGUGUCGACAGGAACUCAACGAAGCAGCUAGCGAGGUGCGGAGAGCAGAAUAUCGCAAGAACCACGCCGAGGACAGCUAUGCUCCCAUGCGACACGAGCUUCGCACGAAACAAAACGAAUUGAGACGAAAGAAGGCGCUACUGGAGGAAAUGGAGAGGACAUUGGCAGACUUGGCCUCAGCAGUCAACGUGCUGGGCAGUCAACAGAGCGAUCUGGAGGACGAGAUAGCAUCUGACUUCAAGAAAGCUUUGACGCGGGACGAAGAAGAGCUGUUGCAAUCACUUAGCGGCACUAUUCGCGACCUGCGGAAACAAUUUGCUACGCUCUCGGAAGAGCGCUCUGAACUGGAGAUGAGGAAAUCCGACAUGGAGGUUGAAAUCCGCGAGAACCUACAACCAAGCCUCGAUCGCUUGCUCGAGCAACAAGCAGGUCCUGGAGGUGGUGGUAGCCAGUCGACGCGUCUCAAAGAGGCCCAGCGACAGCUCAACAACAUCGACAAGACUGUCGCUGACUUCGAUCGGAGGCUCGAAGAGCUCGAAGCCCGCCGCGAGGAAGUCAACACGAGAUUGAUUCAGUUGGAGGAAGCUAGAACGGAGAAAGAAACGAGCAAUCGCAACCUGGCGCGUUCGAUUGAGAGGCACAAGAAGGGCAUGGAGAAGAGUCUGCAAAAGCGAGCACAGUAUCGGGAUGAGUUGGCGGCGAUACAGCGAGACAUUCGCGAGCUCGGCACACUGCCGGACGAGGCCUAUCAAAAGUACACGAGGUGGAGCAACGACAAGCUUGUCACCGAACUGGACAAGGCCAACAAGGCGCUCAAGAAGUACUCUCACGUCAACAAGAAAGCCUUCCAGCAGUACGAGGACUUCACCAAACGGCGUGCAGCCCUCACCUCGCGGCGCGACGACUUGAGCGAAUCCCGUAACCACAUCGAAACUCUCAUCGAAGUUCUCGACCAGCGCAAAGACGAAGCCAUUGCCCGCACCUUCAAGCAAGUCGCCAAAUACUUCAAAGAAGUGUUUGUGCAACUCGUACCCGCAGGAACCGGCCGCCUCAUCAUCCAACGACGUUCCGAUCGCGAAGCCGCCCGUGGCGCCGCACACGACUCGGACUCAGAUGCUGACGGACCUGCCACCGCUGCCGCUGCCCGCGGCAAGACCUCUGUCGAAAACUACACCGGUGUUGGCAUCGCCGUAUCCUUCAACUCCAAACAUGACGAGCAACAGCGCAUCCAGCAACUUUCGGGAGGCCAAAAAGCUCUUUGUGCCCUCGCUCUCGUCUUCGCUAUCCAACAGUGCGACCCUGCGCCCUUCUACCUCUUUGACGAAAUCGACGCCAAUCUCGACGCCCAGUACCGUUCUGCCGUUGCCGAGAUGCUGAGGAAGCUCUCUGGCAAAGGAGGAGAGGGUGGAGAAGGUGGUGGACAGUUCAUUUGUACGACGUUCAGACCAGAGAUGGUGCAUGUUGCUGAUAAGUGUUAUGCUGUUUCCUAUGGUGAGAUGAACAGUAAGAUUAGUGUUUAUAGUAAAGAGAGGGCGCUUGAGUUUGUCGAGGAGAGUCAGAGGGUUGCUAGAUGAUAAUCC